AUGUACAUUGGAGUGUUAUCAAAGAAAAUUGACAACAAGUUUGACUUGAAAAAUGACUCCAAAUUUGGUGGUGCCCCCGUGUGGUUAUAUGGGAAAGAACCAACGAACUUCAAUUUGGAGUGUCCAACGUGCAAAAACGACCUGACGUUUUUAUUUCAAUUAUCAACGUCGUAUGAUGAGUACGUAAGAAUACUGUACUUGUUUUGCUGCCUUAACAGUGGCAAGUGCAAUGUGAAUAAGAACAGUUGGGUGUGCAUUAAGGGAAAAAUAAAGCUAUUUCAAAAUGUGGGCGGUGAUGAACUGGGCGCAGAGUCAGGGAUGAACGGCUGUGCCAUAGGCGAAAUGUGUCACAAUGGAAGAGCAAAUCAAAAUGACCCCGAAAAAGGAGUCUUCCCCAAUUGUAGCAGAACAAAUAGGAGACAACCCAUUUUUGAUUUCUCAAACGAAAAUAUAAAAAAAGAAGACUCUCUGACACAAGGGGUAAGUUUUAUGGAGGAAAAAUUAAUCGAUUGGAAAUCCUUAUUUUCGAAGAGUGCUACGGAACAGAAAGGGAAUAACCAAUCAUUCUUUGGUAACUCCAUUAGUGCAACCUUUAGUGGUGUAAAUGAAAAACCAAGACAUAACGAUUCAUCUGUUGUAGCUGAUAAUUCCCAAGCAAGUGAACCUAAAGGGGGAGAGGAACUUCUUAGGCUGCCCCAAACGAGGCAGAAAAAAGAAAACUUGAUGGAAGAAGGCACAAACGAUGGAGUUGAUUGUGGACAUGGAGACUACCUCUAUGAGAAGGCGAAGAAAAUGCAUGAAACGUAUGAACAACGCAAUAAGGAAAACAGGGAAGAGGACACCGAUUUGUCGAUAGGAAAUGAUCACGAUCUGGACGACAUUGGCGAUAUCGAAUUCUUCGAAAAUGAUUUUAACGGAUGUGUAAAAUUUUAUUCGUACUUAAGUAAAAACUACAGUCAAAUAUUAAGGUAUUCUUAUAAUGGGAAAUUUUUAUAUAUGUACAAAUCAACAAAGAAAUACAUCAAGGAAAGGACCAUGACAUGUGCACACUGCGGGAGCAAGCUACUCUUCGAGAUGCAAUUCUUUUCCACUUUUGUGUAUCAAAUAGAGAGAAAACUUGAAGAAGAGGAGGAAGAAAAGGAUAACCUUUCCGGCAAUUUGUUAAACAAUUUCAACGUGGGGAAUGUCAUCAUAUUCACAUGUGAACGGGACUGCGUUACGGUGGAUGAUAUGUAUUCAUAUGAGCGCGUCGAGUUGGAAGUCUUUUAG